AACGGCAAUUGACCUUGCAAAGAACACUUCAUAUUGUUUCCCCCGGCUUUAUUUGCAGCAUGGUGGCGCUCAUUACUCCAGGGUAUAACGGAAACCUCGGCGCGUUUCAGUCCCGCCCUGAAGAUUCCUCCCAUUCGUCAUCUCCACUCACGACGCUGUCCUGAAGAAAUUCGGGGUCGAGUAAUUCAUCAACGAGGAUUCGAUCUCCUACCAAGCUUUCAGCCAUUGGAGGAUAAACAAUAUGAAGCGUUAUGGAGCCAAACGCGUCUUCGGACCUUACGUGUGCUUUCUUGUCCACCUCCUGAACAAGUCCAGGAGGGGGGAACAAGCAUCGGGCACUGGAAUUUCUAUAAAGUGGGUUGCAUUCGUGGAGCAGUGCCAAGGAAGAAAUCAUCCACAAAGUAACCACCAAGAAAAUUCAAUCCUUCACUGGCAAUGUCUAAGGUCUUUGGUUCACUCUUGGUAGCCGCCUUGGCGGUUGGUGUCAUUGCUUCGCCCGUCGCCGAGCCCGCCAUCACCGAGGCUCCAAGCUUGGCGAAGAGAGCAACUUCUUGUACCUUCUCCGGCUCUUCUGGUGCUGCCUCGGCCAGCAAGUCGCAGUCUUCUUGCUCUACUAUUAUCCUGUCGAGUGUGGCUGUGCCAUCUGGAACUACUCUGGAUCUCAGUGACCUGCCCGAUGAUACCACCGUCAUCUUCGAGGGUGAGACAACCUGGGGUUAUGAGGAAUGGAGUGGUCCACUCCUCCAAAUCUCUGGUACUGGAAUUACCGUCAAGGGCGCCAGUGGUGCCUAUCUUAACCCCAAUGGAGCUCGUUGGUGGGAUGGCGAAGGCAGCAACGGUGGCAAGACUAAGCCCAAGUUCUUCUACGCCCAUGAUCUUACUGAUUCGACUAUCACCGACCUUUACAUUGAGAACACUCCAGUCCAGGCUGUUAGCAUUAACGGCUGCGAUGGCCUCACUAUUACGGAUAUGACCAUCAACAACGAGGCUGGUGAUGAUGCCGGUGGUCACAACACUGAUGGGUUUGAUAUCGGAAGUAGCACCAACGUGGUUAUUACCGGUGCCAAUGUGUAUAACCAAGAUGAUUGUGUGGCCGUUAACUCUGGAACCGACAUCACCUUCAGUGGCGGUGUGUGCUCCGGUGGCCACGGUCUAUCUAUUGGUAGCGUUGGUGGACGUACCGAUAACACCGUGGAUACGGUCACGUUCAAGAACAGCGAGGUCAAGAACUCUGUCAAUGGUAUCCGUAUCAAGGCCACUGAAGGCGACACUGGCACGAUUACGGGAGUGACUUAUUCCGGAAUCACGCUGAGCUCCAUCUCGGACUACGGCAUUCUCAUUGAGCAAAACUAUGAUGGUGGCGAUCUCAAGGGAUCCCCCACUAGCGGUAUCCCCAUCACCGAUUUGACCGUGGAGAACAUCUCCGGCGUGGACGCCGUUGAUUCCAGCGGAUAUGACGUUGUCAUUGUUUGUGGAACAUCUGCUUGCUCUGACUGGACUUGGUCAGACGUUGAUGUUACCGGCGGAACGAAAUACAGUGGCUGCGAAAACGUUCCCAGUGUUGCCAGCUGCUCCUGAUCGCUCAGUUUCUACGGGAUGGUGGUGGUAGAGACUGGGAUAUGAAAUUAGCUACCUCGUCC